AUGGCUGAGUCCGAGGAGAGGGAGACGAAAGACCCACAAAAUCCUAAUUCCCAAUCUUCUCUGUCUUUGUGCCUAACGGAGAACACAAGCCGCAAGAGACGUGCUGUGGAACAGAGGAAGCGUAGUGGUGGAGUCAAGAAAGCAAAGGUUGCUCCUUCUUCAGGGACAGCGAGAGAGACGCCUGAGUGGCUUGUCAAGGUGAUGAGAGACAUGAAAGAAGUUAAAGACGCUAAACUGAUAUUUGAGAAGACUCUGUUCGUGACUGAUGUAAACCCAACACAGAACCGUCUCUCAAUGCCUUUCAACAACUUAAUCCGAAACGAUUUCCUGACGUCUGUGGAGUCCAUAAUCAUAAACGAAGACAUCAACAACAAUAAGAAGAUUGGAGUGGGAGUGAUUCUCGUGGAUCAACGGUCUGAGAAGUGGGUUUCUGAGAAUCACAGAAACUUCUGA